AUGUUGACAUUAGUUCCAAUCAUCAGUUGUAUUCUUUUAUUAUUCUCAAGUGUUUUUGGAGGACAAGAGUUUUCAAUAUUUAAUAAUAAUGUAUGUGAUCCAGCAUCAUCAAAAUGGACUUCAUGGUUUAAUACACAAGAUCCAAUGAUACAUAAUGGAAGUGAUAUUGAAGAUUUGGCACAUAUUAGAGUAUUAUAUAAAGAAGUAGAUCGAUGUAAAACUGUUUCGAAUGUUGAAUAUUCUGUAUUGCAAAUAACAAAUACUGGAUCAGGAUCUUAUCAAACAUUAAUUAAUCAUAAUGGUCUCUUUUGUAUGGGUUCACGUGCAUCACCUUGUCCUAAUUAUAGAGUUCGUUUCUGUUGUCCACUUACAGAUCCGGGUUCAAUUAAACAAUGCGGUCAAACAUUUCAACAACCUUAUUUACAUACAUCUGUUCGUAUAGUUAAUGGCAUUGAAGUUAAACCACAUUCAUUUCCUUGGGCUGUUUCAUUACAAUAUAGAGGUCUUCAUGAUUGUGGUGGAGUAAUUAUCGAUCAAUGGCAUAUUUUAACAGCAGCACAUUGUCUAGAUUAUUCCAAUGAUCUUGGUAAUUAUUUUGCUCGUAUUGGUGCUCAUGAACGAUAUUCAUCGGGUGAACUUAUGCCUAUUGCACAACUUAUUUUACACCCAGACUAUAAUGAAUAUCGUUCAACCAAUGAUAUUGGACUUAUUAAAUUAGCAAGACCGAUUACAUUUACAGAAACAAUUCAACCAAUUUGUCUUGUGGAUAAUAUUGUCGAACCACCACUUGGUACAACUGUUUAUGUUACUGGUUGGGGUAAUACUGUAUUCCAAAUGUGGAAUAGUUCUAGUUCAGUUCUUCGUCAAGCUCGACUUCAAGUCAUUUCCAAUUGUUCGAUGUAUUUUGCUUAUGAACCUCAAACACAAAUUUGUACUGCUCCCAAUGGUCCUAUCGAUAUAAAUCAUGGAUCAUGUCAAGGUGAUAGUGGUGGUGGUUUGCUUUAUUUGAAAAAUGAACGUUGGUAUGCUGCUGGCGUAAUUAGUUAUGCUACUGGAUGUGGACAACAAACAUUUCCAACUGUGUUUACUAAGACAGCAGCUUAUAUUGGUUGGAUUCGAGAAAUGAUAAAUCGUCCAAUAUCAACAUAA